CAACAAAAACGUUGCCUGAAUUUUAUCAUUUUUGUCUGGCUGCUAAGUCUUAGCCUUGCCCAGAAGAAAAUCAUCUUUACAAAGGUACAAUGUCCACUCAAGAGCAACCAAAUGGACAAGGUCGAGUGCUUUAUUGAGCACAGCAGCGCUUUCACAAUUCAGGCUACGACCAACGACAUUGAGGUGCAGAAUCUGGUGGGCAUAUCGGAUUUGAAUAUAUUUAUAUAUGGCAAAAAAAGUGCCAUGCGUUUCAAAGGAGUUCGCCUCGAUAUUUGCAAACUGAAUGCCAGCAAUCGACCCUCCCUGAUGGCCAUGCUGCAAAUGGGUAUACAACGAACCGACAAUAAUUUGCCCAAAGAGUGUCCCUUAAAGCGGAACACGACCUAUGUAUUGCGGCACAUGAGGUUUGAUGGCAAUUAUUUGCCCGUCUAUUUGCCGGAAUAUAAUUUCACAUACAUUGGCAAAUUUCAUGCGAAUCAUGUAAAAACGUUUGAGGUGCGACUCGAGGGCUCCAUAUGUUAUGCCACAAACGAUUGCUCGGGCGCCAAAGGGUUAGCUAAAACUACGGAUAUAUGA